GAAGAAUUUCGUAGCGGGGUUUGUUCGAGUAAAAUCGAUGAAUAAACUUUAACACCGGGAAUUGAAAACAGAAAAGUGCAGCGUGCACACACAUUAACACACACUGUACACGGAACAGCGAAAAAGGGACUCCUGUAAGAACAAGGGCUCCUGGGAAAAUGGGAAUUACGGAGACUGCAGCAACAGCAACAACAAAAACCGGAAUGGGAGCGGCAAACGAAGUGGAUGGCAAACAAAUACUGUCGCUCGAGGCGUUCCAGGACAUCUUUAAGCACGUGGAACCGGAAGUGCAGAUAGAUGCCUUUGAGCUGGCCCAGGGCUCCGACCGGGGUGAUAAUUAUACGGCCGCCCUGUAUCGCAUAAAACUUACCGGAAAACGAAGGAGUCUCAAGUGGGAACAGAACGUCAUCUGUAAGGUGAUGCCGGAGAGCCUGGUCGCCCGGGAGGCCUACAAGAGCGACAAGCUCUUCCGCAACGAGGUGGAGUUCUACACUACCAUCAUGCCGGAGCUGCUCAAGUUCCAGGCAAGCAAAACGGACCAGGAAACACCCGUGUUCAGUGCCAUCCCCAAGUGCUAUUCGGCCAGACAUGAUCUGCUCAUAAUGGAGGAUCUUCGCGAACGGGGCUUCCAGAUGUCUGACCGCCACAAAGGCCUCAGCCUGGAGGAGACGCAGUCCGUCCUGCUGCAGGUGGCCCAGCUGCAUGCCCUCAGUCUGGCGUACAAGUUCGAAAAUCCGCUGGAAUUCAGCAAACUGUGCAGCGUCAUCAGCGAGGGCAUCUUCUGUACGGCCAACACGAGUUGGUAUCGAAAUUACUACGAGCGCCUCACCAAGAACGCCAUUCAGAUGGUUUCUGAGGUCCUGCCCGCGGAUUCCAAGUAUGUCCUGGCCAUCAGCAACUUUGCGGAGAGCUCCUCCUUCUUCGGCCGAAUGGUGCAGUUGGCCAGCGCCGAGUCCCCGCUGUCGGCCAUCUGCCACGGGGACUGUUGGGUGAACAACUUUCUGUACCACUACGACCCGGAGGACCCACAGCGGGUGCUGGAGGUGGCUCUGCUUGACUUCCAGCUGAUACGCUACAGCUCCAUCGCCCUAGACAUUGCCAAUCUGCUAUACUGCUGUACCACGAAGGAGAUGCGGGAUGCGCAGCUGCAGACACUGCUCAAAACGUACACGGAGGAGCUGUUCCGAUGGCUGCAAAUCCUGUGCACGACUUUGCCGAAUCACUGCGAUACAUUGGAGAAACUGCAGGAUCUUUUUGCCGAGGAGCUAAAGACUUACGGACGCUUUGCUCUUGGCCUGGCGAUGGACAUCCUUCCUAUUAGCACCUGCGCUUCGGAGGACGCCCCGGAUAUGUACUUGAAACGAAGCGACGAUCACGAGGAGGAUGUAGGCGCGCCCACGCUCAACUUUCCACCGAACGACCUGUGCCGCAAGAAGAUGUCCGAGAUAGUCAUAGAUAUGGUGGAUCGCGACAUGCUCUAGGCCACACUGCAACCGAAACGGAAAGCUUGCUGUCUGCCUAAAACACCAAUUACCGAUAAUAUACUAGCUCAGAUAGCGUGCUCCAGUUGAUUCUCACUUAACCCUUAGUUAUAUGCAAGUUAGUAAAUAUUACCAUUAGCUUAGCAAGACUUUGUACGUUUAGGGUACCACCGCUACGUUUAUAUUAUGUUUCUAUAGCAGCCAAUUCCACCGCCCUGCGACCCAGAUUCGACAUUGUGUCGACAGAGUUAAGAUUUGUUCUUAAGAUCAAUUUACUCUUUUUAGUUUUUAGUGCUAGUUGAGCAAACUAACCAAGGCCAAAAUAUAUUAGAAUUUUUAUUUUUUAUUUGUAAUUAUUAAUUUUUAUUUCCCGUUUUCGAUUACAAACGAACUCUGCUGAAUUGGCAAAAUUACUACGUUUUGGUUUGGAAAGGUACAGUUCUAACGUUUUGUACAUGUUAAUCUUAUUGAAAUAGAAUUGGGCACAGGGCCUUAAAUUCAACAGGAAUUGUGAGAAUGCAUUAUUUGAUCUAGCCGUAGCUAAAAUUAACAAUACAUUUGUUGAACUUAGCUCAAAAACCCAGACAAUAGAAAGCUUGUCUAGGCGUUUUUCUAAAAUAUUCUUUACACAAAGUAAUAAACAAUAAUGAAGGGUAA